AUGGUCGACCGCCCGGCCUACCCGAACCUCGCGGCGGAUCUCCGGGCGGGGCGUUCCCGAGCCGGUCAUCAGCUCCGACAGCGACGUCGAGUUGGUGGAAGACUCGCGGGUGGAGCAGCAGCGAUGGCGGCUUCGCAGAGCCGUCAACCGGACCGACGGCCGCAUCCCGACUGGCGCGGCGGAGGUCGAAGCGAGAAGCCGCCCCAGGACCAGCAGGCUCCCGGUAGCCAUGCCGAGUCUGUGGCAGCGGCUACGUUGGAGUAUCGCUGGAAGUGCGAUGCGCGACGGCGGAGCGUGGAGCAGCGGUUGAAGGAAAUGGAGGAGUCGCCGGAGUGGCAGGCCCAACUGCGUACGGCCGAGGAGGAGGAGCAGCAGCUGUUGGAGAACACGGGGUACCCACCCACACCGAGAUAUGCGCCCGAGUCCUGCAUCCCGCCACCAGAAGUGGCAGAAGACUGGGCGCCCUCACCUACGCGGUGGCUGCCCGAAAUCCCACCCACACCGCGGUACGAGGGAUCACCGCAGUGGACGCCAGCACGACCACCCACGCCAAGGUGGCCGACCUCCGCACAAGCGGUAGCACUUAGCGCCCGAAGUGUCCGAGGUGUUGGCACGCCCGAAAUUGUCGCGGACGGUGUCGGCGCCGGAGGGCCAGCGGUGGCGCGAGAUCGAUUACCACGAGUGGCCCGAGGAGAUCGCGGAGGCACCGGCGGUGAAAGAGGCCCGCAUCCUGGGCGGCAGGCGCAGCUUUCUCCAACAAUUAAAGCAAUUAAUCAAUUGGUUGGAGCACCCGUGGAAAGAGAAGUAACGUUGGAAUGUAUUGUGGAAGUUUAUCCCAAGCCACUUAAUGGCUGGUACCGUAACGAAGACAAUAUAAAAAUACACAACGGGAACAAAUAUAAUAUUUCAGAGGAAAUGAUUAACUUGUACACAUGGCAUCUCAACCUUACUAUAAGACAUCUGGAUAAAUCGGACUUUGGAACUUAUAGUUGUUCAAGUGUUAAUGGGCAAGGCAAGAGUGAAUCACGCAUACGAUUGCAAGAACUACGAUUACCGCCCAAGCCGCCGACGACACCACUACCUUACGUUCAAACAACUGGCAAACCGCGUCGGAAGCAGCCACCCGGUCAUAACAGGGGACUGAACGAAGUGGUGCGUGCCAAGGAAACCCAUUUUUUAAAUCAAAUGCAGCAGGAGAAUGGUAUAUACAGCGGUGGGAUUGAUGUUUUGCAAAGUGCCAACAGUGGAAAUUCUGGGGGCGCUUUUGAAAGAGGAAACGUCAACGACGGCAUGAUAAACGGAGCGGAAGUACAUACCGAUCUACCCUCACGUAACGGAUAUGAAAAGACUUACAGGCCGCCUGGACCCAUACCAUCACCACAUACACCUCGAAUAAUUAGAAAUGCAGGCUCACGACUUCAUGCUUUUACUACGAAAGCGACAGUGGUGUUAGUGAUAUUUUUAUGGAAGUUAUCCUUGGAUUCAAAAACGAACUUUUAAUAUUGUGGACACACUUAGCUCUCACACCAUUUAAAAAGUUGGAAGUAAAGCACUCCGAAGCUACAAAUAAGCAACCGAAGCAGCCGUUACGUUCUCUUUUCUUGUUGCUUUGGAAUGUUUUUUGAUCAGGAAGCGACACCAACGCUACAAUACUAGUUUAUACAUUUAUCUAAAUAAACU